UCCCACGCCCGGAAGUGACGCACGGUGCCGGCUCGGCGAAGGUGGGUGGGGCCCCUGUGGCGGAAGCGGCUGGAGUCGGGCGGGUCCCCGGUGCGGCGCGCUUCUCAGCUAGGUGGUUUUUUUUCUUUCCCUUCCCCUCUCCCCCCCCGCCUCCUCCUUCCCCGCCCGGCUUCCGUACCCCUCCUCACCUCGUCCCGCCCGCAGCCGUCGCCAUGAUCCUGCUGGAGGUCAACAACCGCAUCAUUGAGGAGACGCUCGCGCUCAAGUUCGAGGGCGCGGCCGCCGGGUGAGAGAGAGAAGGGAGAGGGGAGAGGGAGUGGCAGGCGAGGCGGCGGCGGCGGAGGGGAUGGGGGGGGCAAAACGGGGCUCCCCGACAACCGCCCCCCACCACACGGGCUGCCGGAGCAGGAGGGUGGCGGCAAGGCUCCUUCAAGGCAGGGCGGGGAUUCGGGGCCUACUUCCACACACACACUCGCCCCCCACUUUAUUUGACUGUCCGCCGGGGUGAAGUUGUGCUUCCCCACCCUGUGUGACUAGGUGCGGGAGAAGGACUUCCAACUUCCUCGCUGAGCUCCCUUCUUUCCACCCAGAAAUAAAACUGACUCAUGAAACUGAACCGUUUCGUAUCGAUUUUCCCUCUCCUCCCGCUCCUCCCAGUCUGUCAAAAUGCCUUGUAGCUCUCCGUCGCUGUAUCGGCAUCGCAUAACGUUAGGCAGCGGAAAGGAGGCUUGUUCCUAAGGGGGGGGGGGGACUCCAAAGGGUUGGGUAGCUGGGUAGGUUCAGUCGGUGGCGGCCUUUGAAUGCAGGUUUGCUGCAGAGCAGGCGGUAUAGGCUGAUCACACCACACGCUGCUUCUUCCCCAUUCUCACCAGGAAGUGCCCUUUUCUCUGGGAUCUCACUUGCUCAGCCUUGUUUUAACUUAGGGUGUGUCUCUGGGUUUGCACAUAGAGUGUACGUUUCAGGUAUGUAAAGUGACUGAGAAGCCAAGUGUUCUGUAAUGGUUUAAGCAAAGUUAAAAGGAGAUUGCGAAAUCCAUUUUUGAUAGUUUUUCAAACUUGGAGCAUGCAGAAUUGUUUGAAAAUAGUUUUCUGGUGUGUAUGUGCCAUGGGCACAGUGUUGGCGAACGUAUCCCUGUUGUUGGAGGGUGUGGGUGCAUUCAGCUUUUGCCUGUCCUUUAGGUGGAUUGUUUCAUAGAGCCAUUGCUCAGUGGUAGAGCAUCUGUUUUUUUCAUGCAGAAGGCCCCUAGUUCAGUCCCCAGUAUCUAUAGGAAGGGCUAGCAAAGACUCCUGCCUGAAAUCCUGAACAGUUACUGCCAGUCAGUGCAAACAGUACUGAGCUAGAUGAACCAACAGUCUUACUUGGUAUAAGGCAGCUUUCUGCAUUCCUAUAUUGCUACAGGACUUCAUUUAAGGUACUUAAUACUGGAAACAAAUGUUUCAUGCUUAUAAUUUAGUUCCAAGAUAACUGUCAGGGUAUAACUAAUUUGUGUUACGUGAGCCUUAAUAACAAAACUGCCUCUCACGCCCACCUAGUUUAGCAUUCUUUGUAAGGAUCCCAGAAAAUUGGAGAUACCAGGUACAUUGCAUGUCAGUGUCCAGCAGACCAUCUUCUGCUCAUGCUUUGUAUAAGAAAUCUAAAUGCAAUGUAAUUUUAUACAAUUUGUAGUGUUUGUUUUGUUCAAAAAGUAGUACUUUGGCUCAUGGUAUGCUGGCUUCUGGUAGUAGCAGUGCCUGACAGAAGCAUCACACACUCUUUGAGGAAAACUUUGGGAGGGCUAUUCCUGGGGGGGAAAGAUAAAAAUUUAAUCACACAAUAUGUUGUACAGAUCUGCCUGCUUACUCAAGGCUAUAACAGUAUAUUGAGGAGCAUUUCCUGUCAGAGGUUUUAAGAGUGUUUGUCAUUUCACUAAUGUAAUACAUGUAGUUGAAUGUGUAGUAUUUGGCCAGGUUCAACCUCUUAACUUCAGCAGUCGUCGUUUGCACACUGCAAUGUGAGCACUGUGUGAAGACUCCUGGGAAGCAAUAGACAUCACUAACCAGUUUUAUGCUUGCACGCAAUAACACUAGCCAUACUUGCUGAUUCUGGAUGUUCAUAAAUUUAUCACCCCCACAUAAUACAACGUCAUGUGCACAGAGUAUCUUGUUGUCGAAUGCUUCCCAUUUCUAAAUAUGUAGAAUUUUAGUAUUGAUGCUGCAUUCAUGCACAUGUAUGAAUUAACAUGCAGAUAGCCCAGGUGGUAGAGAAUGAGACUCUUAAACCCAUGGUUGUGGGUUUGAGCCCUGUGUUGAGCAAAGGAGACCUGCAUUUUAGGGGGUUAGACUGAACCUCAUGGUCUCUUCCAACUCCACAAUUCUAUGAUUGCAGCACUUGUGUCCCAACUCUUUGGGCAGGAUGUGCUAUCUUAGGCCCUCUUCAUGCAUGAAUUAUGCAGAAGCAAGCCUUGGUUUGGCACAAGGUUGCUGUAGCUUCCUGUUUAGUGUACAGUUACAAUUCUUUGGUAAGUGCACUUAAGUAUCUUUUUAUCCUGUCUCAACUCCCAAGUAGCUCAGGGUAUCUCCUCUAUUUCUUAUUAACUAUGUGAGGUAGGUUAGGCCAACUGGCCUGGGGUACCCAGUGAGCUUCAUGGCUGAGUAGCGAUUUUAUUUCAGGUAUCUCCAAACCUUUGCAUAAAUUUAUUCACUGCACCAUACCUAGUAGCAUGCACAUUUGCAAACUUCUGCUGCAUUUUUCACACACACACAUGAACACGAACAUGGGAGAAAGAAAUCUAGUCCCCCAAUCUGCUGCUCUGGAGGGAGUUUGGAUGGAGCAGAGAUGCCCCUUCACCCAGCUUUUCAGGCAGGAUGACAGGCAGGAGCUAUUGCUAGUGGCAUCCCCGAGGCUGAGUUUUGGGGUAGACUGGCACAGGAUCUGUUGGAUCCUGUCUGGAUCCUGCUGCUAUGAUGCAACAGGCAUGAUCUGGGACUUUACACUGCAGCAGCCUAGGAUAUUUUGUCCUACGGACCUACACCCCCCCCCCCCACAAAAAACCCCUACUUGUGUGGACACUGGAGCUAUGGAUGCAGCACUGACUGGAGCAUUCCUUCAAACUCCGCUGCUGCAGCAUUAUGUUAGGAUUGCAGCCUAUGUGGCCCUUGCACUAAUCUCCUGUUGAAUUCUUUAUGUGUCAGGAAAUAUAACAAAAUGGCUUCUCUAGAACGGCAGUAUGAUUAGUAUUUUAGGUAUAUUAGCAGAGAGGAAGUUGUAGGUUCUGCAUUUUUUAAGCUGAAGGCUUCCAUGUCCCGACAAGCUCAAAACCAAGACAGAGAUCUGAAAUGAGUACUAAAUUGUUUGUUUCAAGCUGAGUCAUUCUUCAUUUACGGAAUGAGUGUAUAGCGAACUUUUUCUUCCUGCAUUUAUACAUCUGAGAAAUAGUCCUAAGCCCCACAGUUUAGAGCGCUGCUCCUUUGAAAACAUGCCCUUAAUCAAUGUGUGUUUAGUCUGAAUCCAGUAUAUGGUACUGGUUUCUAGCUCCUUGAAUGUUUCAGACACAUCCCUCAGUUGCAGAAUGAUAAGUGUAAAUAGAGAAGUAAUGAGUGCUUAAAUGCCUUGGAAGUGGUGAUAAUUAAUGGAUGGGCUACCAUGCUUGCAUUGUGGUGCUCUGUUCUUGUCUCACAGUUCUAUCAUUUGUGUUUUAGUUUGAACAUUUCUGUUUUUGUUUGAACUGGUCCCAUUGCUACUUCACUUUAUUUGAUGGAACAGAAAAUGCUGUUUGGGAUAAUUUUGGAUAAAUUAAGGUAGUGCAGUCAGAUCAGUAAAAUGAGAGCAGGGAUCCAUCAUUGUAUGUAGUAUUCUAUGGAAUAAAGGAGAAUAUAUUUCUAGGAAGGGCCUGGCUUUGGCACCAUCUUUUCUUUCAUUGUCUGCAUAUUUGUGAAAACGCUUGCUCAGCUUUGCCCACGGGUGUUCUGGAACGUCAAGUUAUCUGUGGUUUUUUGUUUUUUUUAAAAAAAGCACGCAUAUUUCUUGGGAACAGCCCAGAAUGCUAUGCAUUCCCAGCUAUCACUGUUGAUCUGUGAACAUUAUGCCCACACAGCUUCUGCUGUGCUAAGUCACACUUAGUAGCCUGUUUUAACUGCUCUGGCUCCGGCUUUGGUUUUUAGUGUUUCUAUAUAUGACAUUUGUCAUGCAUUCCCAGAUUAUGAUGGACACAAAGUUACACAUGGAAUUAAAUAACAUUAAUUUUACAUUUGUAGCUCUUGAUGUUUCCUGGCAGUCUGGAAACAGUUUCAACAUACUUUUUCAAAUUUUCUGUUUUAGAUGGUUUGGUAAGCCAUGCAGAAUGAUUCUUUAUUUGGGUCUAGGUUUUCAGUGACUGUAGCCAACUUGGAACAAAAUUUUGCAUCAAGAAGUAGUGAGUUCUUCAACUCCACCCGGCAGCAGCUGAUCAGAGGUUACUACAUAUUGGCAGUAGACAGACAUAAUUGAUUAAUCUGCAAGACUGUCAUAGAAAAUCUUUCUAAUAUAUCUUUAUGUAGAUUUUUCAAGCUUUAGUUUCUUAAUACUAUCUAGCGGCUACCUCUCUGGCUGUAAUGAAGUCUCUCAACACAGCAGAAAGCCAGAAAUAGGAGUGCUUCUGCAGUAGGUUUGCACAUUACUUCCUUCUCAUUCAUUUUAUGUGCGUUGGAUAAUUCAGUAUUUUCAGCAGCCCUUGGUAUCUUCUUCAAGUCAGGUGAUGCUGAAGUUACAUGUACUGUUUAAUUUAAUCCUGCUUCUCUUAUGUCUCUUAUGUGAAAUUCUGAGAUUACUCCAUAAAGAAUAAACAGACACAGGGUAGAACCAUUGUACAGAGACAGACUAUCUGAAAAAGGAAGGUAAAGUGAUGGAAGGGCUGGACUUCAAACAAACUAAAGUCAUAUUGCAACUUGUGUAAGUGGCUGGAGGAUGGAUGGUGGGUAACAGAUUGAGGUUGAAUUCUGACAAUUCAAAGUGUUGGUGCUGACCUUUAAAGCCCUAAAUUGCCUCUGUCCAGUAUACCUGAAGGAGCAUCUCCAGCCCAGGCACUAAGGUCCAUCUCUGAGAGACUUCUGCUGGUUCCCUCACUGAGAGAAGUGAAGUUACAGGGAACCAGAGGGCCUUCUUGGGAGUGGUGCCCUACCUGUGGAAUGCCCUCCCUUCAGAUGUCAAGCAGAUAAAGAACUACACAACUUUUAGAAGACAUCUGAAGGCAGCCCUAUAUCAGGAAGUUUUUAAUGCUUGAUGUUUUACUAUGUUUGUAUAUAUGCUGUAAGCUGCCCAGAGUGGCUGGGGAAUGAUGGUGAGGGUGAUGUGAGGGUUACAUUCUGGGGAUUGCAUAUAAAGUCAAAAUCUAUACAGUCAAAGCAACCCCAAAACUGGCCCCACACAAGCAUCCCCACCUUUAAACUUUCCACCUUGCUUGCCAGACUGGCAGGGAGGGGCUCUUGCACAGGUUCUCAAAGCAAUCACAAGAAGUCACAGGGCUGUGUGAGAUCUCUCAAGAGCAGGCUUCCUCAACCUUGGCCCUCCAGAUGUUUUUUGAGACUACAAUUCCCAUCAUCCCUGACCACUGGUCCUGCUAGCUAGGGACCAUGGGAGUUGUAGGCCAAAAACAUCUGGAGGGCCGAGGUUGAGGAAGCCUGCUCAAGAGCUUCCCAGAGCCCAAUCAAUAAGCAAGUCAGAGAUGCAUUGAAUUGCAUGUGCCUUGCAUGCAUUUUAAUUUGUGUGAUAUCAGUUUGCCAGCACCAAGUAUGCAAAACUGGGAUCACACAAGUUUAAUGCAUGUAAGUUGUGAGUUGACUGUAUCUAAGAGAAUUUGUCUGCUGUCCUUCCACUGUAAAACACAGUGCUUUGGGCAGCUGGCCUAGCACCACGCCAGGCUGACAUACCAUUUGGUGCUUUCCUUGUAUCUGAUGAUGCAGAUCUGCAUAAGCUUUAACUCAUUCUGAAUGCAAAGAUUUGUACAUGAAAGGAAAUUCCACUGCUUUCAUUGGGACUUCCAAGUAAUUGUGCAACAUAUGAGCCUGACAGUUCCACAUACCCUCAUAUCCCUUAAGCAUAUGAGGGAUUUAAAGUUUGUGCCUGUGAAUGCUUGAACAUGGGACUGGGACACUUUAACUAGUUAUCUUAAAUGUUGCAAUUUCCUGUUCUAAUGUUUAUUUUUGGCACAGUGCUAUUACCAGAUUCUACCAUAAUCUAUAUUUAUUAGUACAUCCUGUCCUGCACUUCCCCAAAGCUGUAUAGACUUGGUGGAAUAUGAACUGAUCCCCUGUGCAGGGUGUAAGCUUUUAAUUGGCUUUUUGUUUGUCCUACAGAAAUGGGAGAUUAAAUUGGCCUGAAAUCCUCAAUUUCCUUUAUUACUCAGACCAGACAUUAAUUGUGAACCGAAUGAGCUCCUAAUUAGGCUGCCUUUCCCCUGUAUGCCUUCCUGUGUGCCUUGGCCCCCACUUCUGUCUAAUGUAGCAGAUGAGAAGCAAGUUCUGCACAAGAUACUGUACAUAAUUAUCUCUUUUCUCAUUUCAUUAAUUUACUGUUAGUCUGAGGCAUUUGGCUUGUGUCCGAGUGAAAAUAGGGGAAAUGCUGUCAGAUGGGGAUUUGACGUUGGUUUUAAGCAUGUGUUGGCUUAGAUCCAUUCUAGCUGCCAUUCUCUCUUACCAGUAGAUUUGGGGACAAAAGUCUGAUCAGGAGUUCGAAAGUACAGCAACUUAAUUUAAGAAUGGCAAACAGCUAUCAUUAGGUGGAGGGAGACAGAGGAGUGCAGGAAGAAAUUAGGCCAGCCAAAAGCAUUUCUCAUCAUCUUUUGCAUUAGGGUAGAUGUCCUUGGAAUCAGAUUCAGAGAGGAUUUGAAUGGCCUGAACUCAGUGCCCAUUAAUGUUAAUGGGGAAAACAGACAGAUGCCUCUGGCUGAAACCACUACUGUUUUUUUUUAGCCUCCCAAGUUCAGAUGAGUCUGUCAAAAACAGGCCUGUCUUGCAUUUAGAGUCUGUUACAGGAAGGGAACUGACUGCUGGGUGGUAUUUUUGGUUUGUGAGCCUUUUUUGUUUGCUCUUUAGGGCAGAUGCAACUAAAAGAAAAGCUCCCUGUGUCCUCAUGUUUCAGGUGGCUUGCACUGUAGGAAGCUCACAAAGAAAAAGAGAGAGAGACUCACUUUAAUCAGAAUAGCAGAAAGCAGUGCUUUGUUGGAAAGUUUGGAGAUAAGUCUGACUACUAAUAAGUCAUUUUGAUUGGGAAGGGAGCCAUCAGGAGGAGCAAAUGGAUUCAUACAUCACCAGUGAAGUAAAGCUACACGUAGAAAGCACGUCAGAGUGCAAGUAGAUAAAUAGGUACCACUCCGGCGAGAAGGUAAACAGUGUUUCUGUGCGCUGCUCUGGUUCGCCAGAAGCUUAGUCAUGAGUGCCGCAACCCCAGAGUCGUUUGUGACUGGAUCUAACGGUCAGGGGUCCCUUUACCUUUACUUUAUGCCCAAUUGAACAAUGUGGAUCUUGUAUUUGUGGUGCUGGUAGAACAUGCUGAAGGAUGGCUCCAUAUGAUGGGUUAAUGUUAUCAGUCCCUUGCCUUGAAGCUUUAAACUUUCGUUCACACACACUAGCAUCACUCUGCAAUUGGAGGCUGGCAGAGCUUAUUUAUAUGUUAUGCUUAUAUCCCACCCCAAAGCAAGACCUUGGCCCAUCCAACACCCCCCCUCCAAAUGUGGUGGAUUGGGAGUUUGGAUUGCAGCCUUACUGACUAUGCAACAUAUAAGCAGGAACAAAAUAUUCACUGCACGCAGUGGUGAGAAAUAAGUGACAUCACUGAUUUUUGAAGGUUUCAUCUGGACAAUAGUUCAUUAAAGAUAUAAUCAGUUAUUCAGAAUGUUAUUUUACAUAAAAAGUUUAUUGGUCUUCUAUAACUGUUUCUGCUUUGCAGUUGCACCACACAAGUAUUUAAUUGUAUUUCGGGUGCAGAGGACAGUACUCUGGAUUUAACCAUUCUGACUACAAAGAUGAAUUUGAAUAUGUGGGCAAUGGCUGAUGAAAUCUCAGAUGCCACAGGAACAACUUUUUGGUAGCAAGGAAGUACUUUAUAGCUCCAGCUGCUCCUAGCCAAAGUGUAUUCUUUGGUGAGAAAGAAGCCAUUAUAUGCACCUGUGUUUAAGUUGCCAACAUCUUUCAGGGUACCAACAUCACCUUCUCUUGGUAGACGUUGUGUGUGCAUGCACAUGAGUGGGUGUAUAUUUCUAGCAGGAUAACAGAAUCCCUUUGUAUGUUGUGUGCUUCAAGAAUGACAUAUAUUUUCAUAGGCUAGCAAAAAGCCCUACAAAGGAAAUGCCAAAAUGACUUUGACUGGAAUUUUAAACAUCUAGCAAAAUAAGUGGAAAAUAUCUUAAAUAUCCACACUGAAAUUGAAGCAUGUUGUGGCUGAGUGAAGAAUGUUUAAGAAGCACCGACAUAUUAGUUAGUUCUGUAAGUCACAGUAGCCAGUUUGGGCUGGACACAGGGAUUUGGACUUAGCAAUCAACUGCCAGUUAGCAAGUUGGUAACUGAUGGCCAUCAGACUGAAUUUGUUCCCUCCUUGCUCUCCUUGAGUGUCUUUCUCUUUUAUUAUUGAGAAGCUGCAAAGUAAGAGAUGUAGUCAGAGGUGAAUGUAAGAUUCAAGAGGAUAAGCCCCAUUUUCAUUCAUUCUCACUAAGGAAGUACUUGAAAUGAGAGCCAAAGAAUGGUAUGAGUGGCAAAUCUCAUUUUUGAGCCACCCUUCUGUUACAUAGUAUACAGCAAUCAUAUACUAUAGAGUGAAAACUGAGCUGGUGGAUUGAGAAUGGUGGUUGGAUUCACACAGUUUACCAGCCAAGAAGUUUAAAAUUGUGUGGGCACUAUGUAUCUUUGGGUAAACUAAUUUGCCUUCAGGUUUGUGCUCACAAAAUGUGACUUACCAUAACUAUAUUCAGGAAAAAGUUCUGGAAUGCUUGGAGGUGACCAGUUUUGCUGUUUUAACCAUCUGCAUGGGUGCAUUUUAUGUUCACAUAAGCUCUGCAGUGGAAAUGAAUUUGGUGAGUGCAUAAGAAACGAUGGUUGCUUUUUAUUCCUGCUUGAGAACUAGCAAAUGUGUGGGUGGGGAGCCUGCCUCUUUUGCUGCCUUCUGCUUCUAGCUAAUAAAAUGCUCUUGCUACCUCAACCCCAGACUGCCAGUCACAUUUAGCUGCGUGGUAAUGACUAGUGCUUGAAAAUGGAAUUUAUCUUCUGGUCUGUGUUGAUAACCAAUGAACAUAGAUUAAUUUGAGAGCAUGUGGAAAUGGCUCCCCACUCAAGAUUGAAGGCUAAAAUGGGGAUCUAAUUCCUGGUGUAGUAGACCUAUAGUCUUAAACUCCAGAUGGUAAGCAAAAUUUAACAGUAGUCUGUAGGUAACUGGAAAUAAUUUCAUAUAUAGGAAGCCAUACUUCCAUUUAUUCCCCUUAGUUUGUGCACCGUAUUUCCACUGUGAUAACUGUCUAGAGCAGUCUUCCCAACCUGGUGCCCUCCAGAUGUUUUAGACUACAACUGGCCAAUGGUCAGGGAUGAUGGAAGAUAUAUUCUACAACAUCUGGUGGGCAAAGGCUGGUCCUGAGCUUUCUAAAGUCUCAUUAUAGAAUUCUAAGAACUGUCUUGAGCUUCUUAAAUGCACUGAAACCGUACAUGAUUCUAUUAGCAUGGAUGAAGAGGAGGUUGUCAAAACAAAGGGUUUGGUAUUGAUAGUUUAUAAUGUAGUGCCAUAUAUAGACAUAGCUUAAGAAAUUUCACGGCUAUUUUUGACUUAAGCUAGUGAGAAGGAAGAUGCUUGAAGUUAAAAUUCUGGGUACCAUUUUCACUCAUACAUACCACAAUACCAAAACAAAAUAUGUAGUUCAGAAACCAUGUUUGUCUUUUGCUAGAGCAAUUUCCUGCUGGUUGUCUAUGGUUCUAAAUGAGCACUAGACAGAACUUAACACAAUAUGGACAAAACCUAGUUUCAAUAGUCCCUCCACUGGCGAGAAAAGUCAACAUGGAAGAGGCUUCCUUGACCACAAGCUUGGUCAUACUUUUGCAUAAAAACUACAAUCCAGCUGGUUUGCUUGGAACUUGUUAAAGCUCAGGCCCAACAACAGAUGUGGUGAACAGAUUUAUUGCAUCCUGAAGUCAAGGUCAGUCACUCAGAAAUGAGUUGCAAUAAUGAGAGGAAUUCUUAGUUUCAUCAGUGAUACCACUGGAUCAGCCAGUGCUCUUAUGAAGGAGCUUUUUCUGUCAUUGCAAGCAGAAGUGCUGAUGUGGGGUUUCCCCUUCCCCCACAUUGUUCUGGGGGCUCUCCUGAUCCUCCAGAGCGGAUAUCGGGGUGGGGGGCUAAGCUCCAUUGUGCUAACAGGAGUCUUUGCAUGAGUGGCUGAGGAAACCCAGCCAGAUGGGCGGGGUAUAAAUAAUAAAAUUGUUGUUAUUGCUUCUGCUAAUGGAGCCAGGUAGUUUAACCCAGUAUGGAAUAUGGUACAAAUCAAGUUCACUUUCCAUUAGGACCCUUUUACAGUUGCUUGUGCCUGUUCUGUAGCCUCACAAAGUAACAGAAAUACAGUGGUACCUCGCAAGAUGAAUGCCUCGCAAGACGAAAAACGCGCAAGACGAAAGAGUUUUCCGUUUUUUGAGUCGUUCCGCAAGACGAAUUUCCCUAUGGGCUUGCUUCGCAAGAUGAAACGUCUUGCGAGUUCUUGCAAGUUUGUUUCCUUUUUCUUAAAGCCGCUAAGCCGCUAAUAGCCGUGCUUCGCAAGACAAAAAAACCGCAAGACGAAGAGACUCGCGGAACGGAUUAAUUUCGUCUUGCGAGGCACCACUGUAUAUCUAUUAAGCUAUAGCACGCAAAGGGUAGACCAAGGUUUGUAGGGCUGUUUAAGAAUAUAUGGGUCACGGUUAUAUUUCUAAUCCUGGUCACUUGGGUAUCAGAGGCUAUUGGGAAUCUCUGUAUGCCAAUGGCAAGGCUAAUGUGCUGCAAAUAUAGAUAAUGGCUGCAGAUAUGCUAGAAAGUAUAUGGAUCAAAAGCUGGCAUUCAGCCCUUUGUGAUUAAGUGUACCCCAGAUCCUGUGAACUUUUGCAAGGGCUUCAGCUUAUUUUGAUUGCUUUUUCUCUGUGUGUGGUUUUUUUGCAGAAACAAGCCUGAGGCUGUGGAAGUAACAUUUGCAGGUAAGUGCCAAUGUAUUAAACUUCUUGGGAUAAAGAAUUGGGAGUAAAAACACAAAUCCCCACAUUGUGUUGCAGAGUUUGUCCUCAUCAGUGAGCCCUGUGUCCCUUCUGCUGAUGGGACUGUGCAUGCACAAAUAAAGCUCUUUUCUUGGUAUAUUAAUGUAAUCUAAUGAGGAGCUGUUCUGUGUUCAUCCUGUUGGAGUUGGUAUGUUAUCUAGUGAACUACCGUAAGACCUUUUGAUGAAGGGUGGUAUAUAUAUCUAAUAACUAAUAAGGAUUAUGAUGGUGAUAGAUCCAUCAGGUGGCUUUCAUAGCCUUCUCAAUCUAGACUGAGUGUGCUUUUAAGGGUGAGAUUUGUAAACUAAGAAUACCAUUCCAUUAAUAUUUCACAACAUCUGAUACUCCAGUGAAAAGAGUUUAUCUCAAGUUUGCAAGCCCUGGGUUCUUAAUCUUUUUCAUUCUUGAUAAAAUGGCCAUCAUCACUCAACUCAGAUAGUGUUAUGGCCUGGGCACCUAUUGGCCCAGAACCACUGAUAACUGUUGCUUUACCAGUGGGGAAGAAUGGGAAACAGGUUUGCACUGAAUAUUAAGAGUUUCUGCCUAAGGGUAGUGACUCACAGGAGCAACCAGUUAUAAACGUCCACUGUUAACUUGGCUGGGCACCUGAGUGUGGUUUUGAAAAUGCAGCUUGAUUCUAAUAGAAACCUUUAGGCCCAGGUGUCAUCUGGGAGAACCUAAUCACAAUACAGUCAUAACAUGAUGGAUUCUGCUUUGUCAGGCUGCUUUUCCUGUUCAUGUAAAAGUCUUUUUUACUAGUAAUUCAAAACCUUUAUGCUGUGGUGUACAUUAUUUUAGAAAACGUCCUUCCUUGCUGGGCAGCUAGGUUCCAAAACAUGCAAGCACUCAUCUCUCAAACGCUUCCUUCCUAGACUUCGAUGGAGUUCUUUACCAUAUUUCCAACCCUAAUGGUGAUAAAACAAAGGUUAUGGUCAGUAUUUCUCUAAAGUUCUACAAAGAGCUCCAGGAACAUGGUGCUGAUGAGGUGAGAAUGUAGUCUUUAUCCUUAUAUUCUAUUGACGGCCUCUAUACCUGCCUUAAUUACCGUAUUUUUCGCUCUAUAAGAUGCACCAGACCACAAGAUGCACCUAGUUUUUGGAGGAGGAAAAUAAGAAAAAAAAAAAAAUUCUGAAUCCCAGAAGCCAGAACAUCAAGAGGGAUUGCUGCGCAGUGAAAGCAGCAAUCCCUCUUGCUGUUCUGGCUUCUGGGAUAGAUGCGCAGCCUGCAUUCGUCCCAUAAGACGCACACACAUUUCCCCUUACUUUUUAGGAGGGAAAAAGUGAGUCUUAGAGCAAAAAAUACGGUAACUCUUUAGAAGCAUUUGAUUUUCUUUAAUUGAAUUACUAUAAAUAGGCAUUGCCAAUUCACUGUUCAUGGUGGAACUACUGAACACUAUUGUUAUGGGCACAAUUCAAAAUGCUGACUUGCAUAGCCCAAAAUUGUUGGAGUUUGGUGUGUCUCAGAACACUUCCUGGUCCUACAUUUUCUCUUCCUAACCUGCUAAGAUUUUCAAAACUCUCAUCCCACUUAUAGUGAUAAAAAUUCCUACUUGCGGCAGCACAUUCUCAGUGAUCACAAGUGACUAAGGAACUCUCUUCCAAGGGAAGAGUACUUGGACUCAGCCCCACAUCAUUAAUUAAAAUGUUUCCUUUUCUGUCAAACUUUGGGAGAUUGACUAGUAGGUGAUGUUGAAUGCUGACUUCACUGUGUUAUAAUAAUGUUGUUUUUGUGGAUAGUAGGACUUCAUUAUAAACUACUGUCCAUGUGAAAGGACGUCCAGGUAGUUUUAAAUUUGGCAUUUUGCUCGUUAUAAAUCUCAUUUGAUGAUUGCCAUCCAGGUAUUUCAUCAUUUGUUGGUGGACUUCUCCUUAGCUUAGCUGUGUCCGACUUAAAUCCAUUUUAAACUUGAAACUGAUAUCUGUGGAAUGGAGAAACACAUGAUGCCAAUACUUGUAGAGAUAGUACAGCUUACUCCAGUCUCUGUACUGCUGACUAGGGCACUGUCAUUAAAAGGUUUGCACUGUACCAUUGAUACCUGGAGAGUUUGUAAGGGAGAAGCUGCAAGUGCUGGUUCUACUGUAGCAACGCUUUCAAAGCAGGAUCUUUCUAGAUCUGCUUGAAUUUUUUUAAACCCACUUUGAGGGUUCUUACAAUCAAGUGGUAUAUACAUUUUGUGAAUAAAAAUAAAUAAUUGAAUCUAUCUGCAAGCCGCAAGGGCUCUCACUACUUAAGUUCCUUAUGUGUGAAGUGGCAAAUUUGGUUCAUGUUGAGCAGCAGGUCUCUUGCUGCCAUUUAUGGUAGAAAUAACAGUCCUCUCUGUGCCUUGUGGUUGCAUCUCUCAGCAGAAAGUGUGACUCAGUUCCUGAAAUGGUUUUCAGAUGUUGCAUAACUGAACGGGGGUUCAUUCUGCAUUAGCAAGAGCAGAUGCUACAAUUGGUACGGGGCAUAUGUAGAAAACUAAGGAAAUGGUUCAUAAAAUUGCUUGAAUCAUGUACAUUGGCAUCUGAGAAGAGCCAUGGGCAAAAAAAAAUUAAAAAUGAAAGCCUGGAAACUGCAUGUUUUUAAAGCCCUGAUGGCUUCUUUGUUCAUGGAAAAGCAGUUUUGGGAGGAUUUGUUUCUGAGCAGAAAAGUGUGUGAGUCAAGGGUGGUGAUUUAACUCUUUCCCUGCCUGUUUGUUCUUCCAAAUCUCUUCUCCUAUUCAUGUAUAUUUGUGUACAUAUACAUGCUUAGCCUUGCAAGUGUGUCUGGAACCAUUCAGGAUGCCUAAGGGCUAAGGAUGCCUUAAAGAGGGCUUGAUUUGGAGCAGAAAAUAAAAAGGAAGUGGUCUGUGUCCAUUCAGUGGCUGUUCAAUGCUGUUUUUGCAUAAACAAAGUGGCCAUCAGUUGUUGUUUUUUUUAAUACACACUUGCAUGUCAUGUCUUGUUCAGUCUCUGAGAAACCCCAGCUGUAUCAAAUGAAUAGGAGUAUGGAGCAGCUUUGGCCUGAAGAACUCCAAUGCCGCUGCUGAUAUCCUGGGGCACUAGGAUAUUGCUUCUUCACUGCCUCCAGAGCAACUUUGCAUCUUUCUUUUGUCUCCCUCCUGCUGCUGCCACUUAACAGUUGUCAAGAGACAAGGAAGUUGCCCCAGUCUGGUUUUAUUGAGAGCAUUUGGUUGAAUUGACCUGGAAAAAUGUACUGUGUCUUUAUUGCAGCUGCGAUGCUUGACCCAUCCAUUUCUCUGGCCCAACAGAAUUACUUUCUAAGGCAGGAUGCAACUAGGAGCAGAGGAAUGGAGGAAAGGGAAAUUCUGCUGUGGGGUGAAAGGCAGUGAAGGUCUGCCCAGAACACAUGAUGUAUAAGGCUAGCCUUAUACAGGAGGAAAACAGUCUUGGCAAUGAACAGUUUACUAAAAGAUUGCCAUAGGUUUUUAACAAUGGACUGUGUAAAUCUUUGAUGGAGAUGUUGGCAUAGUACCUCUAAAGGGCAGAGGAGGCAGGCAAAUUAUUUAAAAAGUGUUCAAGUUCAGUUUUGUAGCACCUGUUGUCUUGCUACAUUCCAUGGAAAACUCCCAACCCAGUAAGAGUCUUAGGUUUUACCAUAUUUGUUUGAAUGUGUGGUAUCUAGUUCAGUCUUUCUGAGGACAGAUGGAGUGAGUUAAGGAACUGAUUCAAAUAAACAGUGUGCUGCCCAGUUCACUCAAAGCCCAGUUCACUUUCUCCCUCUAGAGAUACCUAUUGCUUUUUUCAAACUACUCACCCUUGUUUCAGGGGAAAAAAUGUAAGUUUUGUAGCUGAGUCAACCAGGACCACCAGGUAUUGGGGAAAUGCAUGAGCUCUAAAGGUAGCUGGUAUGACACACUUUGUAUGUCAAGAGCUUGCGCAUGUCUUUGGUAAGCAGCUAAUAACAGAAUUAGUUUUAUGGCUUUCAAAAAACCUGCCUGUGAAACCUCAUUUCACACUGCUAGUAGAGUGGGAAAUAUUUCCUCAUAAGGUCAUAUGUAUGUGUGAAUGGGGGGUCCAAUUUGUGCUACGGAUUUGAACUUUCUGUGAGUAUCACUGUGAUGGAAGCAUUCCUCUAAAGCUCUUGCACUAAGCCCCACCUUCGCAAGCUGUGCUGGGGGUCCUUGUGCAAUUCUGUUCCCAACCCUGUUAGUUUAUAAGCUAUCUGGAUCUUCUCAGUGCAGUUUCAAGUGUGUCUUUUUGCCUGGUCUGCAUGGACACAGCUGCUGUCACACUUUAAGUAACUGGGUUGUAAAGCUGCUCCUCAAAGGCAAGAGGUGUGUGUUUUGAAAAUAUAGAAAUUCCAUUCAGUGUGAAAUACAUGCAUAUAGGUACUACUUGUGUGUGAGAGAUGGCAUGUGGUUGGAAAAAAAUGCUCUUCUCUACACUUUGCUGGCAGCAAAUCACUUUCAAUAAUUGGAUUUGGGACAAGACAAGAUGUCAAAGCUCCUCUGCAUAUAGUAUAUGUUCUACCAAAAUCUGGCCUGUAAUCAAAGUGCUACCUUAUUUUAUGACUUUCUGGAAGCUUGUAUAUGUGAUUCAGUUGUUUGAGUACUCCAGCCUCUCUUUUACUAUAUGAAUCCAGACAUGGAUUGAAUCCAUAAACUCUGGCAAGAUCUCUUGUGGCUUUACUCUUUCUUCCCAAAUUAAAGCAUCAUGUCACCAGCAGCAAGCUUAUUAUAUGUAUUAAAUUUAUAGCUCAACAGGAAAAACAUAAUUGGCCUCUGAAUAUGUGGCUGGAACACCAUAGAAUUCUUUGGGAUUAACAUAGAAUAACAUUAAAUCUAGAAUCUGUCAACCAGGAAAAAAGAAUUUACUUUAAUGUUCCCAGAACUCAGAAGGUGAGAAAUACUAAAUAGUGAAUAGUUUUAAGAGGCCAUUUUACAUUAAUCUGCUCCUUGGAGUUUGUUGUCGGAACAGCGCAGUUAUUGUUGCAGAAACCAUGCAGGUUGUAUUGCAAUGAUUCAUUGCCGAUCCACUUGUAUUAAGUGCUCAGUAACCUGCUUCCCCCUAUGCCUUUCUGCAUUAGUCAGCUACUUUUAAAGAAAUAUUUCUAAAAAUCAAGUUACUAUUUCAAGCACACUGGGUUCAUCUGUUCUACCCUGAACUGAGUAGUGCCAAAAUAAGUAUCCCAGCUGAGAAGGCUUGAUGCUGGUGAGCUAUGCUGUUGGACGUCAGUAUAUUUUCCUUUGUUGUAUAAGACUUUUAACUGUUAGAGCGUGAAGUGGUUGAAAAGAACUUUUAGGGCUUCUGGAUAACUGCUUGGAACAUCAAGAGUGACUGGAACAAGGGUUAGGGCUUUAAAAAGCACAGGGUGAGUGAAAGACGGGAAGGUGCUGAAGAGAGCACAUAGGAAGACACGUCAAAGCUCACAACACUUUUCUCUGUCUAUUUCCUAGUUGUUGAAGAGAGUGUAUGGAAACUACUUGGUAACUCCAGAGUCUGGUAAGCCUCUGCAUAAUAUGUGCCCUGAUAACUUGUUCAGUUUGCUGCUCCAGUAUAAUUACUCCCUGCUUUUCAGAAAAGGAAUUGCUUUCCACCUUUUCAAGCCAGCUCUCAGUUGCAACCUCCUUGUCACAGUGCUAUUUUUAAAAAGCACCGCCUUCUCCCUUCAGUGUUCCACAUGGAAGGCUGAGAACAUCAGCGCUUUAUUUCUUAGCAGAGCAAGCUAUGAUUCUGGAUCCACCCCCAAGCAAGCCCCCGCUCCUCUAGUUAGGGAUUCUUUGUUCUGUGUAAAAAGACUGACAGGCAUUCAGAAGCAGUGGAAAACCAUGGUUACCUGUGACAGUACUGCUUCCCACUCAUUUGUUACAAAACACAGGGGUUGGACCUACUUUCCCAACUCUGAAAGAAGGCAGAGAAAUGUUUUCCUUUGGUGGGAGGGGGGGGGGACACAUUAAAUGAAAUGUAUCAAACACUUAUUUUGAAUGUCCUUCCCUUGGCAUGUUGGGUUGAAAUAAUUAUUGAAUGUAUGAUUCAGCAGUGCAUUGCUUUCUCCAGAAAGUGAUCCAUUCAAGACUGACCAGGAGGGGAAAGUUGUGAUCACAAUGUCAUUUGCCUGUUCUAGGUUACAAUGUCUCUUUGCUGUAUGACUUGGAGAACCUUCCUGCUGCCAAAGACUCCAUUGUGCACCAAGCGGGCAUGCUGAAGCGCAACUGCUUUGCCUCAGUCUUUGAGAAAUAUUUCAAGUUCCAGGAGGAAGGAAAGGAUGGAGAGAGGAGAGCAGUCAUCCAUUACCGAGAUGAUGAAACUAUGUAAGAAAUAACUGGCCUUCCGUCUCCCGCAUUUUGAAAUUGGUUUCCAAACUGUGAGGUUUAGAGAUGUUCAAAGGAUUCUGUAUUCAGUUGCGCACUGAUCUUUGUCAACCAAAAGCUCCUUUAGGGGUGGUCAGUAGCAAAACAUGACUGCAUGUUCUGAGGUGUAGCUGCUGACCCUCAGUUGGGCUGAAGCUCUUAAUUUGCAAAUUCACAGCUCAAGUAAAUAUAUACAAGUACCCCAUAUAAGUUGGAGGGGUCAGACAAAAGGAUGUGCCAUAAUCCUCAGAGAUAAAAGACAUUGCUGAAUUGAGCGCUUGCCUACUUGGUUGUGUUCCCCACCCCCACCCCAGUUCUAUGCAGUUCUCUGUGCUGUUAAGACUGAGCUGGUAAUGCAAUAGGAUAAAGGGACCUUCAGCCAUUACCAUAAAGGGGAGCCGGGCGUUGAGGGGAUAGAUUGCAGUGAUAAUUGCUUUCUGAAUGGUACAGCAAGAAAGUAGUGGCCUGUGGGGAGGGGCAUCAUUUUGGCUGCAUUUAAGGCAGCAAAAUGUUCUGGGCCAGCAUUCUAUGCUGGCAUGUGGGGCAGGGGCAGUCACUGUUGGCAACCUGGCCAGUGACUUACUGUGCGGAGAUCUCUGCUGUGGGAGGCAACUUAAAAUGCCCUCCACCUUGUGGUUAUCUCACAUGCACGGUCCCUUUGGUACAGGGAAAGAUGUUGCGCAUUUCAUGCCUUAAAGGUCUUCUUUGUUCCCUGCAUUUGGGUAGGUGGCAGGAGAGAGCAGGGAGAAGGCGGCACUGUACUUUGGUCACUGUUUUUUAAAUAAACUCCACAAGGAGCUCCUGAUAGCUGAAUAAUAUGAACUGAAUAGUGACAGUGGUUCACACUUGUAGGGUUGUUGUUUUUUAAUCCCUGUGGGUUUUUCACAUUGAAGAUCUGGAACGGCUAAGAAGUCUCCUUCUUUUCACCUCCUUCCUAGGUAUGUUGAAUCAAAGAAGGACCGUGUCACAGUGGUUUUCAGCACGGUAUUUAAAGAUGAUGACGACGUAGUGAUUGGAAAGGUGUUUAUGCAGGUAUGCCAGUUCAAGGUCUGUCAAAUUCUAGUGGUGUAUGACUUGCACAUUUAUGCCAGGAGUGCCAUUGUGCUGCUAACUUUGAAGCGAGUUCCUUACCCUGGUAAGAUUGAUUGACAUUGGUGGUGCCUUUAGGAACCUGCUUGUAAGGAUAUUAUGCUAGGCUCCUAAACUCAGUAGGGGUUGUGCAAAGAAUCCUGCCCACAGGUUUGCAGUAUAAAGGAAUGUGGAGUGGGGGUAUGGAAUGACACUCUUGCAAUCACCUUACCACCUGUGACAUUGUAUCACCUAAUCUAAUUCCAGAACCCACCUCUUUCUAAUCUAUGAUGAAUCACCAAAAUGCUCUAGGCCAGGCAUAGGCAAACUCAGCCCUCCAGAUGUUUUGAGGCUACACUUCCCAUCAUCCCUGACCACUGGUCCUGUUAGCUAGGGAUGAUGGGAGUUGUAGUCCCAAAACAUCUGGAGGGCCGAGUUUACCUAUGCCUGCCCUAGGCAUUCUAUGAUGAUUAAAAGGUAAAACGGUCCUACUGCACAAGCUUACAGUAUACUAAAGUCUAGAUGCAAAAAGGGGGAUAUAGGAAGGACACAAGGAAAGCCAAAGAAGCGAGUCCUGAGGUGCCACUUGGUAAUAGAAGAAGGAAGUGAGUGUGUUCAGUGUAAAAGGGGGCCCUGGCAGGGCUUAGAGGAACAUUAGACAUAACUGACAAAAUAAAAAAGUCUUCCAUUUUGUAAGAGUUUGUGGCCCAGGCCCUGCAUUUGUUUCCUCAGUAUUGUUGGUUUCUAUUUUAGAAUAUAGGAAGGAAAAAUAGAUGAAAUUGCUCCUCCACAGGUGCAGUGUCCUUCUUUACCUUCUUUACAGGUUCCCCACACACUACUAAAUAGGAGGAAGGGAUUCCAGAUGAAGGAGUGGUUCUAAAAGACCUGAACCUCAGUAUCGCUCUUCUAGAAAUUAAGCACUGACAUAAGAUAUUGGUGUCAGUAGCUCAAAGAGGAUACAGUAGAAUAGAGCAUGGUGAAAGCAGAGGAGAAAAGUCCAUAUAUAGGAGCUGUUGACUUACUGUGAGAAUUUUGAAGUAGAAGAGGAAAUCAGCAGAGAAAAAGAGGAACAACAUCCAAAUUAUGUCAAGAAAAUGUAGACUACAAAUUGCAUUUAAAACUAAGUGUAGUGGCUUAAAAAUGAAAGUAAAGAAUCAAACAAAAGUAAUCAUAGUUAAUGCAAGAAAUGCCAAGAAAAUGAGCUUUAAAAUUAGAAAUAUUAAUUCUACAUAUACUAUGCUCUCUGAAGCAUAUGUUAAAAGGCCUAUUCCUCAAAGUAAUGGGAGUUUUCAUUGAGAUGAUUUGUACGUCACACUGUCAUCAUUUGAUUUAAAACAUGGCUUAAUUGUGGCUACAUUCAGCAUUGUGCCUCUUUUGACUACAUAGUAUCAAAGUAUCAGUAGCUUAUCUUGAAACUUAAUGGACCCAGAUUCAGGUGCAACAAGAUGUUUUUCAAGCAUUUGAAGCAGUGCAAAUGUGUGUGCUUCACCUCCUAGUUGAUACCCAGUUUAUUCAUCCCAGAUAAGGUAGUGUGUACUGUUAAUAUUUCAUUUAUGUUAGCUAUGACGAGUCAGAUUCAGCUGCUCCAAAUACCCUGUCUUUAGUCAAGCAUUUCUUGAAGCAAUUAUGUGUGCUGAUAAAAUGACUGGAUCUUGGCAGUGAAUAAUACAGUUGUAAAGCACCUUGGUCAAGAGAAGGCGUAACCCUUUGUGGUGAUAGCUCUCAGCUACUCUCUCAUGACCUAGUCUUAGAUCAUUCUUCAAGUGCACUGCCAUUCUCCUGUGUCUUUGUAUUCUUGAUGAAGCUGCUAGCAAAGGAUGUUAAGGCUUCUAACCUGAAGUGCCUCGGGGUUCUGACACUAAAAUUAAUCUUAAUACCAGUGUGAUGAAAACACACAUAUACUAUUUUGAAGGAUAGUUGUUGAAGUGACCUUACCAAGCAGUUUUGAUUCUAGGCUGAGAUAUGAUAGAAGCUCAGAAGUUAUACCAGUUGGGGAGAGGGACUUAAUAAAUAUUUGGUUCUGGGCAUCUGCAUUCCCCAGAGUAGAGAACAAUUAACCCAGGCUCAGAAAGGGGAUGCCUGCUGUUUUUAGUAUCUGAAUCAUAUUAACAUUCUCUCUCAUCCUGUCUUGUCCUAGGAGUUUAAGGAGGGUCGUCGUGCCAGCCACACAGCCCCCCAAGUGCUCUUCAGCCACAGGGAGCCCCCUUUGGAGCUAAAAGAUACAGAUGCAGCUGUAGGAGAUAAUAUUGGAUACAUUACCUUCGGUAAGUGGGUGCUGCUCUCAUCUAGGUGACCAGCCAAGUUGAAAGCUAUUUUCCCAUUGCAAUCCUGCUUAGUUUGCUAAGUGCUUAGUAUCUCUUUUAAGAGUUAUUUCACUUAUGCAUAGCUUCCUAUGAUGCACCUCAAAGCAGUUUCACAAUAUAGGCAUCCAUAAAACAAUUUCAUAUAUAAAAAUAAUUCCAAAUCUAGUACAGAUAACCAGCUGGGAUAAAAAUCUCUACUUUGGCUCAUUGAAAGAGAAAGGUCUUCAAUAGGUGCUGCAAGUACAAUAGAGAUAGUGCCUGCCUGAAGUGCAACGGGAGGGAGUUAUAAAGGGCUGACACCAUCACUCUGUAGGCCAGUCACAUGGAAUGGAUCCACUGAUAAGAUGAUAUCUGCCAGACACCCUCUCAUGCAUGGUGCAGUGCUCUGUAGGGUAUAUGAAUGGUGAGACAAUCUUAUAGGUAUCCUGGUCCCAAAUUGUAUAGGGCCUUAUACACCAGUACUGGCACCUUGAACUUAGCCAGUGGCUGAUUAACAACCAGUUCAGCUUGUACAGUGUAAAAGCCUUGCUUGCAUAUCUCAGAAGCCAGUGGAGCAUUGGAAAUGGCUUUUCAUUUAGAGCUGUGGUGGUGAUAUGCAGUCUCUAGCAUGCUUGAUUUGGGGAGUGCCAAAGAAAUAGCUUGGGUAUCCCUAAUUCUGUAGUGCAGUUGACAAAUCCAGAGCUCCGUCUAGUCCUGUUUUACUGGGUGAGGAAUAGUUCAUUUCCUAGUACCAAGUUUUAUAAACAGAAUCACUGGAAAGUAGCACACGCGCCCCCAGUCUCCAUGGUUGUAUUUCAGUUAGACGAGGUCUGCCCACUUGACUGCUCCUUGUCACUUUUGGCUUAUAACAUCUGGCGCACCAUGGUUGGAGGCAGUAAUGCUUCUGAAUACCAGUUGCUGGGAAUUGCAGGUGGGUGGAGUGCUGCUGUGCUCUUGUCCUGCUUGCAGGCUUCCCACAGGCAUCUGUUUCGCCACUGUGAGAACAGGAUGUUGGACCAGAUGGCCAUUGGCCUGAUCCAUCAGACUCUUCUCAUAUUCUGCACUACUGUCAACAAGACAGUGGUCUUCAUCCUUGGAACAGUUAACGAAAACUUUUCCCACAGAAGCCUCUGGAUGUCUAAGAAACUUGUCACUGGCAGGACUUUGCUUUGAAAUAUUAAUGUAUCUUGUCAUCUCCUGAACAUUUAUUCUCUAUGACAAAGGGGAUAAGAAACUCAGUCUUGGCAGUUGCCUUCUCCCAGGUGCUCUCUUACUUUAGCAAAUUGUGUUAAGGAGGAGAAACUGCCAAUAAUGGUUUGUGAUGAAGCUUAGAAAUAGAGAAGGCAACUGUAGAGUCUGUUAAUUGAGAGGCAUUUCAACACAUUUGGAUACAGAUAAAAUAAGUACUAAAUAUCAUAUCUGCAAAUAGUUCCUUGUGAAUAAUAUUUUCUGGCUCUGGAUCAGUGAGAACUAUAUUUUGUCCCUAAAUAGUGAAAGGCUGCAUAAUGCCUCUUCUUUAUUCACACACUAAAGAGCCUGUGAGGGUGCAAAGCUCAUUGUUUGGUUUAUCUAGCUGCCUGGGAGGAAUAAAGUGGUGAUCACUGAAAGCUGUACAAGAAGCGCUCAGGGAAGGACCAUUAGGAAAGAUUCAGAUGAGCAAGUUUGUCACUGAUGCCAGCAUUUUGUGGGACUGAGUGGCAUAGCUAAGCCUGAUCAAAUACUAGGUUGAGUUCCUGAGUUGGAGUUGUGGAGAGAUGUUGAUUCCAAAGACGAUGCCCUAAAGGCAUCCCAUUAAGACAAGCUUAAUCCUGGUGUGCAGCAUGGAUAAGGACUUCAUUAUAGCCCUUCUGUGCAAAUGCUGCACAUUCAUACCUGUACAUGCUGUUGGCCUUUUGAAUGUAUCUCUGGCCCAGGACUAGUGAGUUCCCUCAUAGCUUUGUUAGUGCUUGGUAGAGAGUAACUAUUUUCUGUUGCCUUCUCCUUUGCAGUGCUGUUCCCCCGCCACACCAGUGCUGCUGCCAGGGACAACACCAUCAAUUUGAUUCACACAUUCCGGGACUACCUGCACUAUCACAUCAAAUGCUCCAAGGUACAGGAAGAGUGUUAUUAUAGAAUCUUUUUUUCUGAAGAAGCUAUGCAAAACUUCUCUUUCAUAUGCCUAAAAUGAUUCCUGACUUUCAUCUUCUCCAUUCUGGCAUGUAGAUCCUUUAGAGUGCUUAGAUGAAAUUUGAAAUUCAAAGUACUAAGAUAGAUCUGCUUAGCUGCCUUUUGUAUUUUGACCUAUGUGCAGGCUUACAUUCACACGCGCAUGAGAGCAAAAACAUCAGAUUUCCUCAAAGUGCUGAAUCGUGCCCGGCCAGAUGCAGAAAAGAAGGAAAUGAAAACAAUCACGUGAGUAUCAGAGGAACAGUUUCUUCCUUCUGCUUGUGUCUUUCUUGUUUUAUUGUUGCUAUAGCUCACACCUGAGGAGGAACAAAAGACUACCUUGUAUUGCUGUUUAAAUAAUGGCAACACACAGAUUGAAUUGAUAGUACUUUGUGUAAUAUUCUGGCUUGUUGAGAAGUCCCUAUAGUUUCCUGCUUUGAGUAAUAGCAAGUCUUUAACUGCAGCUUCUUGAACUUUUUUUCACCCAUCAUGCAAAGGGGCUGUGUGGAAGUGCAGGAAGCUCAUCAUAUUUUGGCUAUUAAGCAGAGAUGUGAUCAGAUAUAAUCAAUGUCUCAAAAGUUGAGGCCUGACAAUAAAGAUUAAUUAAUCCAGCCAUAUUAUCUGAUAAAGUUUUCUGCAAAUCCUUGUGAGCAGUUCCAUGCGAAAGGCAAGGCAUUGCCCUAAUUCACACCAUGCAGCAGACAGGAAUGGGAUGGAGGCAAACUAAAAAAAAUAGUUUCAAAACUCGGGUCUAUAUAGUGGAGAAAAAAGUGGCCAUGAUGCUAAGGGGAAUCAGUGGCUAAUGUUGAAUGAGAAGGAUGAGGAAUGUUAGAAGCAAACUCAUUAUCAUCAUUUGCUUGGAAUGCAACCACUUUGGCAAGUACAUUAGCAAGAGAUAGAUCCCAGCUGCCACUGAUUGGUUCUGUCGGAAGGUUAGCUACUGCAUCCUUGGGCUCAAAAAUAGAAGUGUAGGUUAGAAGCUGCAUCUGUAAUUUGUUUUUGUUCUUAAUAUUCUCUCUCCUUGGUUUGCUGUAACCAGGCAUGAAGAACUGUCUGGUUAACAUGAGGAACUGAAAUCAGCAAUUCAGCUUUGCAGUGCUAAUUCUAUGGAGGCAGUGAUUUUUAUUUUUUUAACUUUCAACACUUUGAAGGGCUUUCAGUUUAGGGUAGUUAGUACUUCUCUAGUAUAAAUCUGAGAUGAGUUUUGUACUCUACAGGACUAAAGAGCUGCAUAGGGCAAGUCAGAAUAUCACUGGUAUUUAAUGAGUGGGGUGCUUUCUUUUCCCUGGACAAGAGAAUGGAAACUAAUCCACUGUAUACUGCUAUUUUAUUGACAGGGUGGGGUGAGAUAAGCAAGCAAGAUAAGCAAGCAAGAUAAGAUGGGAAUAAACUUGCUGGUCACACUGGUUGUGGAGGGUAUAUAUAUUGCUCUUAAAAGCCCUUCUAGCAUAGCAUACCUGAUCUAUUUGGAGGGGAAAACGUAUGAAUUGAUGUCGAUGCCCCUGGCACUUCAGGGAUCAGAUUACAAAUUCAUUCCUUGUUGGUGCUUAUAUUCUACUUUUCUAAGACCCUCUUUGCCAAGUCUUUUAUUGGUGAUUCCUUUUACCAAGCAAUGACAUCCAGGGGGGCCAGCAGUAGUUGUGGAUGAAAUGGGAGAUUAUGGAUAGGACUAGUGAAGAAGCUGACAGGUUAGCUCAGCACUUUUUUCAGCUUGUGAGACAAGGGAGGCAAGCAAGUUUAUGAGAAGAUUGAAUGACUGUGAUGGGCCAUAUAGCAGGAUGCUGCUAACCUUGCAGGAUGUUUCUUCUCUGACCUGGGGCAAAUUGCUAAUCUUACAGCCAGUUUUCAGUCUGAUUUUCUUACUGUGCUGAGGCACCAUAGUGUGGGGGUUGGGCAGAGCUGGUAAAAUUAAGAUAAUAAGCUUGAAUUUAGGCCUGGGGGGGGGUGGAUUAAACCAAACAGGCUCCUGCGGUCAACCCCAAAGGCUAGAAUAAUGCACAGCUGUGAUUAAGAAUGUUAAAGGAUGACUCAUGCCGUACCCGGAAUCAGAGCACAUAACAUCUCUUUAAAGAGGUAUCUGAUUUCCUUCUUAGUAGCUCCGGUUCUGUGUUGCACAGCCUUUGGCUUUUGUAUGAAAAUUUAUUUAUCUUUAAAGGAGCAGGGAUAGCUGCUUUCUGUGCUGAUGGGAGGUUGUGACCCCUUAGGAACAAACUGGUGCUUGCAGCUGUUCAACAUCUCCUUUCUUUACUUUCUGUGCUUCAUCUAUCUUACUGCAUGAUAUAGCACCUGGCUAUUUCAUUUAAAUAUAUAUAUAUUUCUCACUUUAUAAAUAUUAUGACAGCAAUAAAUUUACACACCCAAUUUAAAGCACUGAAUAUUAAUAUCAACACCCCACCCCCACCCCUGCGGUUACAUAAUUUAUAUCUAUUGCCACUGCAUUUCCAGUUCAGAUCUAUUUUACUCUUCAUCCAUUAUAUUCUAUUUAGUUUAUUUUCACUGCACGUUGUUGUUUCAAUCCUGCUAAUGAUUUAAGCUGUUUACAAUAAUUUUUCAAAUAGUCUUUAUUAAAUUGUCUCUCUUCUUGAUUUCUUAAUCUUCUGGUAAGUUUCACCAUUUCUUCAUACUCCAGCAAUUUUUGUUGUCAAUCUUCUUUCUUUGGGACUGUUUCUUCUUUCCACUCACCUGGCUAUUUCACUUCUGUAGCCCUGUUAGCAUCUGACAAAAGUCCUGAGAGGCUUUCUUCACAAAUCAACAAAUUUUAAUAUUCAACUUAAACAGCUACGGGUAGGGCAUGGAGUGUAAUCCCUGAUUUCCAGGACUGCUCUUUGACUUUUUCUGAGUUCACUCCAUACUCUGCAGCAGGGAUAGGGAUUCUCUGGGCCUUGACCCUAGUCCAGACCUCCAGGUUUCCCAAUCUAGCUCCCCACCCCUGCAGCUCUGUUGCUCUGCAUAGGUCAGCUGAGGAGUGAAAAGGCCCCAAUGUUCAUCCCUAAUGCGGCCCACUGAGUGAGGCGCUUGAAAGGAGAGAGAAGACAGUCUUUGUGUGUGUUUAGAGGUAUAGUUGGUUGUGUGCUAAGGGUGUAUGAUUAUUGUGUGACUGCGCAGAAGCAAGAACCUGAUAGUUUCCCAGUUGCUGCUUUGGUGGAUGUUAAAUGGACAAACAAUGAAACAGCAUGUGUGGUAUCAGCUUCUGAAUCCAAGACCAAUUCUGUGUAGUAGGAGGAGAUCCUUUCAGUGCAUUCUUUUUAGCCCCCUUUCCCUUGAUCUGUGAGUUUAUAGAGUUUAGCAAGCGCUGGAUUUUUUUCUGGAUAAUGUGGUGCACCAAGGAAUCUGCAAGCAGGAAAAACUCAGUUGUGGUGAAUUCAUCCACAAAAUCAGUCUUGCAUUCUUCAUUCUGAAGCUUGGGAUUAGAAUUGUUGUCAUUAGUGGUGCAGGACACGGAGCAAUGAGACACCUGGGUCACUUGUAUGGGAAAAGUAGUAGGUAUCUAUGCUAUGAAGUCAGGAAGGAGUGUAAUGAUGUAGUGACAAUGUACUGGAGUCAACCUGAUCUUUGCCCUCUGAUUUUCUGCCAGGGGGAAGACCUUUUCAUCCCGUUAACGCCUGAGGCGAGGUGAAGUCAGACAACUGUGGCAGAAGGCUGGAGCACUUGCUACCUGAUAAUCGUAGCUUUUUAACAUUGCACCUCUCUGGGCUCUUAAGGAAAUAAAUCCAAUCGGGUUAUGUUUUCUACACAAGUUUGGGAAUUGAUCUGCGGAAUCGAGCUGUGCUUGCAAGGACUUAAUAGUUCAAACAGAAAAACAAACCUUAAUUCCAUUUUGAUCAACUUUUCUUUCUUUCUUUCUUUUCCCCCCCUCCCCUUUUUCAAGCUGUUUUGCUUUGCAAUAUGUUUACCGGUAAUGAGUUGCAGUAUUUCUUAUGAGAAUAAUGCAAUAUUAACUUGUUUUUCUUCUGAGUAUUUUGAGUUCACAACUCCUGUAUCUGAAGAAAUAUUGUUGGGGUUCAUUAAUAAAGGAGAUCUUUCUAUCUUAUCAUGGUUU